AUGGCCACCGCUCUCACACAGCAGCUCAGGCAGCUGGCCGUAGCGUCUGGCCAGCCUGCCGGGGGCAAGCGCCUGCGCGGGAAGCCAAGCUUGAUAUGGUCGACACAGGAGGCUGCCGAUGUGGAUGUGGAGACCGUGUACAGCAUAGGACGGGAAGCCUUCCGCCAGCUCUGCGAGCUGGACAAGCGAUACGAGGCCUUCCAGUCCACCCUGUUCAGCCCCAGCUCCAUCACCCUGGACCGGAGCCAGCAGAGCGUGGGGGUAGGGGCCGGCAUCGAUGCCGCCGUCACCCGGCUGUGCACACUCCUGUCCUCCUCCUUCCUCCUGCCCCCCGCCUUCCCCGUGCUGGAGUACCUGCUGCGCCGCUACGCCGUGCACGAGCACAACGUGGACAGCCUGAUGCUGGCCGCGCUGCCUUUCCACGCCACCAACCAGUUUGUGCGCCUGGUGCAGCUGCUGCGCCUGCGGGGCACCCUCUUCGACUUCCUGGAGCCCAUGCAGGAGAGCGGAGCGGCCCUGCCGCGCUCCACCCUCGUCCUGCGCUGCAUCACAGACAAGGUGGCCCAGCGGGCGCUGAUCCGAUUCGUGCUGGAGCUGGGCCAGAAGACGGGGUCGGGCAGCUACGCUAGCCGCGGCGCCCUCCCCUUCUACGCAGCAGUGGUGUGUGAGUAUCUCGCCGGCCUCAAGCAGGUCACCGAGGACACCGCCAACCUCCUGCUGCCGUACCUGGUGGCGGGGCUGGGGCCUGAGGCCCUGCCCGACUACCGUGCCGCCACCCUCAUGAUCAUCGGCCAGCUGUCGGCGCGCGCCGCCCUGGGAACCGAACUCGUGACAGCCCUGGCGACCGACCUGUGCAAGGCGGCCACGGCCAGCACGCUGCCCUCCACCCUGCUCCUGCUCAUGUCCCUGGCCAGCCGCCAGCCGCACCUGGCGGUGCUACCCGCUGGGGCGCUGGAGGCGCUGGCAGCCGUCCCCGGCCUGGCCAACGAGCUGGCGCUGCUGGCCUGCCACGCAGCACCGCUCGCGGCGCUGCUCCGCGCGCUGCUGCCGCCGCUGGCGCUGCGCAAGCUGGACGCCAUGACCCGCGCCGCCGUCCACCCGGUAGGCGACCUGCGCGACUUCCUGCUGCACGCGGCGGCGCGGCGGCUGGCCGACGACGACCCUGUGGUCGUCGAGGCGGCGCUGGGCGUCGGCGUGCUGGCCGAGCGGGCGGGCGAGGCCGAGACCGAGCUGCUGGCGUGCCUGAAUCGCUCCGUCAGCAAGCUCCUAGAGAAGGGCGUGCCAAAGAGUCAGCGCGGAGCGCUGGUCCGGGUGGCCUGCCAGGCCCUGCCUCUUGUUGGCCGACUGGAUGCCAGCCCGGCCGUCGUCGCGGCCAUGCUGGGCACGCUGUGGCCGAACAAGCACAUGCUCCCCAUCGUCACCGCCGCCCGCGAGGUCUUCCUCUGCCUCCCACGGGCGACGCACCCGCUGCUGGCCGGGCUCGGCGAGCCCACAGAGCCGUGCGAGGAGACGACCGAGGCUGGUCGAGCCCUAUACUGGAUUGGUGAGGCCAAGACCUGGCUCAAAACGCGUGGCAGGGACGACCCUGCGGCCUGCAUGCAGGCCCUGCAGGCCUUCUGGGCGUGCGUACCGGGGCGGGCCGGCGCGGAGCCGUGCGCCGCGGAGGACGCGGCCGCCAGUCUUGCGACCUGCCUGCUGUACGAAAGGUUGCUGGAGCCCGCCGACGACGACUGGCCCGCCCAGCUCGCCCGCAUCGUCCUGCAGCACUGCCUCGAACGCGGGGUGGUGCUGCCGGCCGAGCGCCUGGUCAUCGAGGGCGCGCUGCAGGCUGCGCCGGCGGAGUGCAUCCAGCAGCUGGGUGCGGGAGAGCUGUUUGCUUGCAUGGCAGGAGAGAACAUGGUUCGUCUUGAAGAUCUCUUCAUCCAGAAAAUGGCGGAUGCGGCGCCCUGGGCGUCAGCGUUCCUCCGUUCGCAGAUGACGACGGGCGCCGGUCCCGAGGCUCGUGAGGCCGCGUUGAGCCGGUGGUCAGAUUUUUUUGUCGGAGCAGUCGCUUCCGUGGAGGGCCCCGCCUCCCAGGUCCUCCCAGAGGGCCCCCCCGCCCUGGCCAGCCUGCUGACUGCGCUGGGCGACAGGCAGCGCCGCGUGCGCAAGGCUGCGCUGCGCGCGCUGCGCGCCGUGCACGACGAGCUGGACGUUUGGUGGCCGCUGGCGCGCGCCGACCUGCGCCCCCUGCGCGAGCAGGGCCGCGCCUUCCUGGUGGGCCUGCUGGCCGCCGAGGACCGCAUCCGACGCGACCCGGAGGCCGCGCCCGCGGAGGCCGCGCGCCUCCUGGCCGCCGCCGCCGCCGCGCCCCUCGUCCCCACGGAGGCGGCCGCGUGCGCAGCCGCCACGCCCGUCACGCCCUCGCCCGGGCGACGCGGCAAGACGCCGCGCGGGGCCCGGCGGGAGGAGCCCGGCGGCGCCGCCGAGGGCGGCCCGGCCUCGCUGGCGCAUCUCUUCGCGGGCGAGCUGGUGCGCGCCGCCGCCCGCGCUGACGUGGCGGAGGCGACGACCCUGCUCACCGCGCUGUCGUUCGAGGCGGGCGACGGCCCAGGCACGGACGCCCUGCUGCCCGGCGCGGCCGCCGACGCGCUCAUCGCGGCCGCCCUGGGCGACACCGGGCUGGACGCGGCGGUGUCGGCGCUACUGGCUGCCUCAGGCAAGGACGGCAGCGAGGAGGUGCGCGAGGCCGCGGCGGCCGCGCUGCGCCGCCUGUCGCUGGGACCUGGGCUCCUGGCCAGGCGGCUGCGGGCCGCGGCCGGGAGCGCCGGCGAGCUGGUCCCGCAGACUCCCGUCAAGCGGCGCAAGGCUGCUGCCUCCUUGCAGGACGACAGCAGCAAGCCACUGGCAGGCGGGGCCGUUUGGGUCGAGGCGGCGCUGGGAGCGUGCCUGCCCGUGCUGGAGCUCAUGCAGUGGCACCCCGCGGCCCGCUCGCCCACGUCAGGCGAGCUUGUGCCGGCCCUGGAGGCGCUGCUGGGCCGUCUGAUUGCCACAGACACGACCGCGACCUCGGCAGGGGCCCCGACCCCGGCGUCGACCGACUACGCCGCCCAGCUGGUGCUCUCCGCGCUGGACCGCCUGGCGCUGGCCGGCGCCGACCCGGCGCCUGCGCUGGACCUGGCAAUGCGCUGGGCGCGGGCGGCCCCCGGAUCCGGCUCCCUGGCGGCGGCGCUGCAACUGGCCGCCAGCCUGACGGCCGCCGACGCCAACGCGACGCUGGCGCUCGCGCUGGAGCUGGCCGCCGGGAGCGCCACGGCUGACGAGGGCGGCCUGCGCGGAACCGCGGCUGACGGCAUCGCCUGCGCGGCGGUGGCGGAGGAGGAUGUCCCCCCCGUCCUCGCCCAGGUCCGACGCUCGCACGGCCUACGUGGCGAGGCGGCCGCGCUGGUGAUGGCCCAGGCCCUGGAGUACGUGCAGGUGGUGAGAAAGGGCGGCGACCCGGCCGUACAGGCCGGCCUCGACGCCCUGCUGGCGGCGCUGCAGGAGGUGGUGGACGCGCCCGCCUACCUCGCGUCCCUGGCGGCGCUGCUCUCCGCGCCUGCCACAGGCGAGCGUGUGCGCCGAAAGGCGCUGCAGCUCCUGGCCGCACACGCGCGGCGCGUGAGCGCGCGCGGUGCAUCUGUCGACGCGGCCUCGCUGACGGCGCUGUCCGCUGCGCUGGCGCCGCUGCUGGCCACGCUCCCCGCCGCCGCGGUGCACGGCGUGCAAAGCGGGCUGGAGGCCGUCGAGGCCGGCAUGGGAGCCGGCGAGAAGCCGAGCGACGCGGCGACGUCAUCGUCGUCGUCGUCGCCGCAGGGCGCGCUGGAGCUGCUGGCGGCGCUGGCGGCGCUGGACGCGCUGGUGCAGGCGCUGGGCGCGUUCCUGGCGCCCCACGUCGGCGCGCUGCUGGCGGCGCUGCUGCGCCCCGCGCUGGUGGCCCAGGGCGGCGGCGGCGUGGGGGAGGAAAGCGCAGCGACUGCAAUGGCACCACCGCCCACGGCCGCGCAGCGGCUGGCCGCUGGGGUCACGGACCGGCUGGCCCGCGCGGUGCCUGUGCGCCUCUUCCUCCAGCCCGCCAUGGACGCGCUGGAGGCGGCGGCGGCCGCAGGCCCACGCUCCGCGCUGGGCCUGCUGCGCGCGCUGGGCGCCACGCUGGCGCGCAUGAUGCCGUCCGAGGUGGCCACGCACCACGCACCGCUCUUCGCUUUCUUGCUGCGCGCACUGGGCCUGCGCGCGCGUUUCGCGGCCACGCCCCGCGCCGCAGCCGAGGUCGAGGCCGCCGCGCUGGGCCUGCUGUGCGCGCUGGCACUGCGCCUGUCCGAGGCGCGGUUCAAGCCCCUGUUCCUGCGCCUGCACGACUGGGCCACCCACGUCCCCGCCGCGGAGGCGGCCGCCAACCCGGCCCUCCCCACGCACCGCCUGCUGGCCUUCUUCGGCGCGGUCAACGCGCUGGUCGAGAAUCUGCGCGCCAUCUUCGUGCCCUACUACAAGCCGCUGCUGGACGACGCGGUCCGGGCGCUGAACCGCGUGUCGGGCAGCGGCAGCGCGGCACGGGCCGGCGCGCCGGAGAAGAAGCGGCGCAAGAGCGGCGCCGCCGAGCGGGAAGGUGCUGCAGACCCCACGCCCGCGGACUGGCAGCUGGCCCUCAGGGCAACGCGCGCGCUGCACCGUGCCUUCCAGUACGACACGGCGGAGCCGCGCUUCCUGGACGAGGCCAAGGUGGAGCGGGUGCUCACCCCACUGGUGGACCUGCUGCAGGCGCACCCCCCGCCGGAGGUCGCCGCCGCGCUGCGGGACGAGGCGUGGGCCGUGGAAGCGCUGGUUGCGCCCGCCGAGGAGCGCGCCACGAGCGGCGUAGGCGCCGGUGCCGGGCCGCCCACGCUUUCCCCGCUGGAGCGCUCGGCUGCCGGCGCCCUGGCCCAGCUGGCGCUCUCCGCAGGCGGGGACGCGGCCUGGAAGCCGCUGCAGCACAAGGUACUGAUGCGGACGCGCGCGCGCGAGGGUGCCACGCGCCUGGCCGCGCUGGGUGCGCUCCGCGCACUGGUCUCCGCGCUGGGCGAGGAGUACCUGGCGCUGCUGCCGGAGGCGCUGCCCUUCCUGGCGGAGCUGCUGGAGGAUGGCGAGCCGGCUGUGGAGGCCGCCGCGCAGUCGCUGUUUGCCGAGCUGGAGAAGCUGUCGGGCGAGGACCUGGGCCAGUACCUGAAGGCCUGA